GGCCGUCGAGUUGUAGAAUUAAAUGUCCUCCCUGAGGCUUUGGACGGGCGCUGUGAAGCCUGUGGGGCAGCUCUACGGCACUCCAACUGCAUAAAAGAAACAGUGUCUGGGCUAGGAUCACUACUAUACGUAUGCUGUUCAAAUUCCGAGUGUGAAGAGACAAAUAUCUGUCGAACAAACAAGACCCACCGUAGCGCCGGAACAACGCGAGGGAGACCAAUCUUUGAUGUAAACACGAAGCUCGCUGCAGAUUUUUUUACAUUUAAUGUUGCUAAAAAUAUUGAUUUCCACAAUUAAAGCAUCCAUUUAACAUCUAGCCAAUUUUUUAAUUAGUUGAAUCGACAUAUUUAUAGGGAUGUUACACGCAGGCAUAGGUCCUACCCACGUAAACGAGUUGUUGUCAUCUAUCAACGUAACAUCACAUGGAGAGUCCACGCUGAAGGCUCGCGAGAGGGAAGUAGGGCCCCAAAUUGAAAAGUUGGCAAAGGAAUCAUGUCUGGAAAGUUUAGAAAGCGAAAGAAACCUGUGGAAAGAGGAUAAUGAAAAGGAAAAUGUGGCGAUAGGAGCGUCAUUUGACAUGGGAUGGCAAAAAAGGGGAAAAGCCCAGAACAGCCUGACAGGU